CUAAUGGUUUCUGAGGCGAUCCAAGGAUCGGCAUUUGUGGGACUUCAAGUUGAGAAUCCAAAAGGCAACACGUCCUUGUGAAACUUGUUGCCUCCUCCUUGCUUCUUCGUUCUGCGUGUAGUGUUGGCUUCUGUUCACUAUUUCGUCUCGACAAGUCAACCCCCCUCAAGACACCAUGAUGAAGAUCCCUGCCCUGCUCGUUGCCUUUUUGGCGUCCGCUUCUGCUUUCACCAGCUCCCAAUCUGGCACUGCUUCUACCACCGCUCUCCAUGAAUCUCAAGCCGACUUGGAAUCCCUUGCCGGUGAACUGAACCCCGCCAUCAAGUACUACGAUCCUAUGCGUCUGAGCUCAUGGAACUUGUGGGGUCAAGGCGAUGAAGCCACGAUUGGUUUCUUGCGUCAUGCUGAAAUCAAGCACGGCCGUGUCGCCAUGUUUGCCUUUGUGGGAUAUGUCGUUCAAUCCAACUUUCACUGGCCCUGGCCCAUGAAAUUGGACGGAACUCCCUUUCCUUCUACUGACUUGAGUCCUCCUGAACAAUGGGCUGCCUUGCCUGUCGAGUCCAAGCAUCAAAUUUUGACCUUUAUUGGAUUCUUGGAAAUCUACUCGGAAUUGGCCAGCAGUGUCACGGAUCCCGAAAUCGCGCAGACGCACUACAUGAAGGGUGGCAAACCCGGUGUCUUUCCCAAAUUUGGACAAGCCGGUGGAAUCCCACACCCCGUUCCAUUCAACUACUUUGAUCCGUUUGGUUUGUCCAAGAACAAGAGUGACGAAGCCAAGGCCAAAGGACUCAAGGCUGAACUCAACAAUGGACGAUUGGCGCAAUUGGGUAUCUUUGGAUUCUUGUGCGAACAAACCAUUCCAGGAUCCGUUCCAGGACUUACCGGUAUUGUCAAGCCAUACGGUGGUGAUUUGAUUGCCGGAGAUGCCUUCACUUUCUUCUAAACGAAAACUAUAAUAAUAUAGCUACUUUUUGUCAGGAAGG